CGGGGAGGGGAAGCCCGAGGUUCUGGACUUUGGGGUGAGAGUCAAAAGGUUCAAGAGGUCAUGAGUUUUCUGGUUAAACGAUGCGGGAAAUACGAUGCCAUUUGCUUGAAUUGCAUGUCUUCUCUGUAUGUGUUGUUCUUUGUCCGGCUUGACUGACAAAUUGUUCCACUAAUCAGAAGGCGAAAGACAGUCAUACCGUGAUUUGACUGGUGGAUGUUGUGUCGUGAUGGCUUGAGGGCUGAAAGACAUACAACUGACAAUAUGCCCAGCUCGCACACUAUUGCAAACAUACGUUUGUAUGCAACUUCUGUACUUAUGAGUGCUAGAAAUUGACGAUGCAUUUUUGUGCUCAUUUCAAGGUUCACAGUGCUGUUGUGCCGACACAGAUGGAUCGAGAAGUUGAGAGUGCUGAAGGUCUAGGGUUGGUGGCUGACAGUCAGCGGCGACAGUCAUUGGUGAGUGCCUCGUUCGAGCCAUCAGCAACACAACCAACACGGCGCCCGCGGGCUGCACAGAGAUUUGACCCCUGAUCAAGAUAUGAAAAUCUCGGUCAAAGGUAGGAACUCAUUACUAUAUGCCUUCAUGAAGUUGAUUCGAGUUUUUUACCAUCUUUGUUCGAGGUCUUACGCUUCUUAUACCAUCUUCCCCAGGUACCUUGCUCAAAUCUAUGGCAUUGACGCGAUACCAAUCCAUCACAGACACCCCUUCUUCGACAAAGAAGAUUGCUUUUUCUAUCACGGAAUGCUGACAGCGUGCAGAUUUAGACAAACACGAUUGCAUUCUGUCAUUGUCAUUUGCCGAUCACGGUCAUUUGAGAACGUUGAGUAAUAGCAUGAGCUUAUUAUCUACGCUAUCAACGAGUCAUUCAACACCACCGCCGCAAACAAGCAACAACAAAAAAGAUGAACACGAACGCCAUUCUCGUAUGCUAGGCUCGUUGCUCCUCGAAAGAAGAAUCUGCCAUUUUAGCGCCACUGUUUAGGCCAUGUCUCUGCAUCUCACGACGCGAAUUUCAACCAUCGUCUACGGUCUCGCACACUUCGCCCUCACCACGAAAGCACUCAGAUUUUCAAGGAUCGAGCGCGCCUAUACGGGAGAGGAAGCACUGUAAGUGUUGGACCACGUCGAGUGUCGAGGGCUCAAGAGACGUGGGAGACCCAUGCCUGGCGUGUUGAUCGGACUGGGUCCUGUAUAGAUAAAGACAUCAUACAGAAGGCCACCGAAAGCACAUCCCAUGAAGGGCGCCACCAUGGGGAUCUGGAUUUCACUGUCAGUUGAUAUUGACAGUCGAGGUAUUGUUGUUGGACUCACCCAGAAGUAGUACCCGCCUGCAGACCAAACCUCACUUCCAUACCCGAUCAUGUACGAAACCAGACGAGGUCCAAAAUCACGAGCCAAGUUGAUGGCAUAACCAGUCUCCCAACCAAAGCAAGCACCAAUUCCAAAGAUCAAGAAGAACAAGCCAAGUGGCAUCAAAGGACCAGCACCGAUGUUAGCGCUAUCAGCCAUAGCGAAAAUGACAAACUGCAAAAUCGUGCUGGCGAUGAAUUCAGAGAAGAACAUGCCAGUGCGUGUCAUGAAUUCCGCGGGAUAUGUGCAGAAGACACCGGCGGUUGCAUUCUCGCCAAUCACUGUUCGAAUUCCUGGACCGCCUUCAUAAGCAUCAAAGGCAGACUUGUAGUUGCCAUACACGACGGCAGCAGCACACAUGGCUCCAAGGACUUGGGCGACGGCAUACACAGGGAACUUUCUCCAGGGAUGGCCUCUGAAUAUACAGUUGGCGAGAGUGACGGCUGGGUUCAAGUGACCACCUGAUUUACCGCCAACGUAUACUCCAAGCAUGACACCGAGACUGAUUCAUGUCAGUAUGGGCUCAAUUGGCCGCGGCAAUAACGACUUACCCCCAUCCCCACGAGAUACUCUGGUAAUCACCCUUGGUUCCUCGACUGAGAACAACCUGAGCAACGACACCGUCACCAAAGAGAAGAAGAAUGAAAGUACCAAAGAAUUCUGAAAAGGCAUCUUGGCAGUACUCUCUCACUCGACUCCAAGCAUACUGCUCAGGCGGGGGAGGAAUAGUGGGCGGUUCACUCGGAGCCUCACUGUACUUUUCAUUCUGGCUCAUCUCGACUUUAGUGGGGAUAGAAGAUUUGUGCACAGAAGAUUCAGAGAUGGAGUCGUUCAUGGUAGGGAUAGGCAUCCUAGAGUGAGCCUGUGAAGAUGAUCUUGAGACAGAAAGAGGAGAAGUUUGGCGGAUGCAAGAGAGACAGGUUACACUGAGAGGAUUGGCGUCAUCAAGCAUCUCUGGGGAUCACGUUACAAUUUAUGGUCAGCAAACAAACGAAGCCUGGGUGUCUUUUGCCCCUCAUCCCAUCCCAAGAGAGGAUCCUCUUUCUUGCUCUCGGCCUCGGUAUUUGCAAACACCACCCCUUACAUGCAAAGCAUACCGAAGCCCGCGAGACUCCAUGGUUAUUAGACAUCACCAACGAGUGGGCUUUGCAAGCAUGUCGAUCCGCCACUGCGUUAGGAAAGAGGAACGGACACGGGGAGACGCAGCGACUACACCCGAUGAAUCGAACCAUGGUGCGGGCGAUACGAAAGCUUGGACGGCGGCGGUGCAGAGUGCCAACGAAAUGCCGCUCGGCGGCACACACCGAGAGAGAGAAGAAAAGAGACGGGCGUUCAGACGUGGAUAUCACCACCGAAGUAUCUGCUCUGAUCAGGUUGCUUACACCGAAGGCCGGGUGGGAUGGAGGGGGGCACGUUCGAGACUUGUGUUCGCAUAUUUACUCCACUGUCCCAGCCAAACCCCGGAUCGUCGUGCGAAAAGAGAAAAGGAUUUGCACAUCCGCUUGACCGAGGUUGGCUUGGCUAGGAAUUAAGGUAUGGUCAAGGUGUAUUAAUCCAGACCCGCAGAUAUGCGCCCAGUCGAGCUUCUGGAACAUGACUGCGGGGAAACGUAACAUGACGACCCCUCUCUUUUCCUCAGAUGUACAUCGGUAGGUGUUGGUUCUGGGGUUUCGCUUGCUAGAUCCCCGAUGGUUGUCUUGUGACAUGGGCCUGUAUUUCGGUAUCAACAAGCCGAGGCUUAGCUUACAAGCUACAUCAGGAAAGUGACGUUGGUUUGUGUAUUACAAGGGUGUGCGUGAGACGAAAAGGCCAAUUUGCCAAUGCUGUGAAGGAUUUUGAUACCCCGCAGAUUAUCCAAGGGUGGUGGGAAAUGCUUCCCCGAGAUGCCUUUACAUCUGAUAUCUCGGUGUUUGUUGAGAUCAGUGAGCCCGAGAUGGAAGAUACUUAAACACCCCAGAGAAUUGCCAAUCUGAUACGCUUUUGAUCCUGCAGUCCCCAAUCAAUUUGCUGUUGUUGUCGUCGCUUCCUUUUGCUCCUCUUAGUCACUGUUGCAUUCGCGCUCCCCGGAUCUGACACCUUUCCCCGCAAUUUCACUGCAUCCCCAUCUCUCACUAUGCCUAUGCUCAACGGAAAACCGAAUCCUACCUUUAUUGGUGCCAUUGAUCAGGGUACGACAAGUUCUCGCUUCCUGAUCUUUGACACCAGUGGCGAGGUUGUAGCUACUCAUCAGCUUGAAUUCAAGCAAUACUAUCCUCAUCCUGGAUGGCAUGAGCAUGAUCCUGAAGAGCUCAUCAGCUCGGUUGAGCAGUGCAUUGAUGGCGCUGUAGAAGCCUUUGAAGGUCAAGGUCACUCUCGUGAGCAGAUCAAGGCCGUUGGCAUCACAAACCAGCGUGAGACUACUGUUGUCUGGGACAAGACCACCGGCAAUGCUCUGCACAACGCCAUCGUUUGGACAGACACACGAUCAAAAGAUCUUGUUCGUCGUCUGAAGCGUCGUCUUGGCGCGAGCGAGUUGAUUUCGCGAUGCGGAAUUCCUCUAUCCACAUAUCCCUCCGUCAGCAAACUUCUCUGGCUUCUUGAAAAUAUUCCCGAAGUCAAAGAUGCUUAUGAGCGUGGUGUUCUGGCUUUCGGAACGGUAGACACUUGGCUUACGUACAAGCUCAACGGCGCAACGGACCGAGAUGUCUACGUUUCUGAUCCGUCAAAUGCGUCGAGAACCAUGUUUAUGAAUCUCGAGUCUUUGCAGUAUGACGAGGAUAUUCUGGACUGGUUCAGAAUCGAUGACAAGAAGAUUACGCUGCCAAGAAUCGUGCGGUCGUCUGAUAGCAAGGCGUACGGUACACUUGCUAAGACUUCGCUCAAGGGCGUCAAGAUCACUGGAUGUCUGGGUGACCAGUCUGCAGCUCUUGUUGGACAGAAGGGAUUCACCCCCGGUCUCGCCAAGAACACAUAUGGCACAGGCUGCUUUCUUCUCUACAACGUUGGUUCCAAGCCCGUGAUUUCAACACACGGACUUCUCACAACGGUGGCCUUUGACUUUGGCGAGGGCAACACCAUGUACGCCCUCGAAGGCAGCAUCGCCGUCGCAGGCUCAAGCGUCAAGUUUCUCGUUGACAACUUUGGCUUCAUCGAGUCGUCAGCCAAGCUCAGCGCACUCGCCGAGACGGUUGAAGAUAAUGGUGGGUGCACCUUUGUAACGGCCUUUAGCGGCCUGUUUGCGCCGUACUGGAUUGACGAUGCGCGAGGUACAAUCUUUGGUAUCACGGCUUACACGCAGCGCGGGCACGUUGCGAGAGCGACGCUGGAGGCGACGUGUUUUCAGACAAAGGCCAUCCUCGACUCGAUGGAGAAGGACAGCGGACAUGCGCUGACCGAGCUGGCCGUCGACGGUGGCAUGUGCAACUCGGAUCUCAUCAUGCAGACCCAGUCUGACCUUAUUGGGAUCCCUGUCAACAGACCCGGCAUGCGUGAGACAACUGCACUAGGUGCAGCUAUCGCGGCCGGCUUCGCCGUCGGCAUCUGGAAGAGCUUUGAUGAAUUGAAGGAGGUGAAUACCCAGGGUCGUACCAUCUUUAAACCGCAGAUCGCCGAGGAAGAAGCGACAAAGCGGUUUAGUCGUUGGACCAAAGCCGUCGAGAUGUCCAAGGGAUGGGCCAACGAGUAGUUGAUUUGCUUUUUUGUUUGUUAGCUGUUUAGUUACAUUAGCUUGAUUAGGUCUGAUCUGUACUAGUAUGUUUUACAUGGAUGGUCUGAAAUACUGCUGCCUGAUGGAACACCAUAUGCGCCAACCUGUACGAAGAAGGUAACCAAAUAAGCCCGACGUACAGUAGCGUCUACCACUCCCACGAGGAAAUAAAUAUGGAACUUGACUUGUUCUGGAACAACCACUAGACUCUUUGAUGAUCGUACCAUAAGCGGCUCCGCACUUUUAUUGUUAUUUCCGG